AUGAAUCCUGACGAAACUGUUCAGAAGUUGCUGAAUCAAGAUAAAAGAUUCAAUAGAGAGGUUCGCAUUGUGAGAGACAACAGAUUUAAUCAAAAUGCAAAUCUAGAGGUAAAGCCUCCUUCAGUGCAGAGUUCAACUCCCAGAAAUGAGCCAGUGAUCUCAAACACCUCUGAAAAAAGGUACAGUUACAUGGAUGGUAUGUUUCUAGAUAAAAGAUUCAAUAGAGAGGUUCGCAUUGUGAGAGACAACAGAUUUAAUCAAAAUGCAAAUCUAGAGGUAAAGCCUCCUUCAGUGCAGAGUUCAACUCCCAGAAAUGAGCCAGUGAUCUCAAACACCUCUGAAAAAAGAUGUUACCGACAUAUGUGGUUGGGUUCUUGCUCAUGCCUUUGGGGGAGGAGAAUGCUUAAAAUGAGCUAGGGGUCUGGGGUCGCCAGGGUGAGGGUUGACAGGAUCAUGUGAUGGUGGUCUAACCUCCUGGGUUGUUUUGCCUUCUCCAUCGGCAUAAACAUGCACAUUCACAUAAGUGCACAGAAACAUGUGGUUGGGUUGUGAUUGGGACAUCCACUGUCCUGGUCGCAAAGACUUCUGAUCAAGUUUGUAGUGUCUAUGUGCUGAUCUCUGUUGAUGACACAUGUAGGUAAUAAUGGAAGCAACUGAGACCUAUAUCUGUGCUAAUAUUUAAUUGAGGAUAUCAUACAAAAGGCAAUAAAGAAGUACUAAUUCUGUAAUUUUAGUAUAUGAUCGUAGGGGCUCAAGAUGAUUUUAUGUGAUCAAUGCUAAAUCAUGUGGGCUAUAGCUGUUUUUCAAUCUAUAAAUUGCUUGACAGUGACACAAUGAGCCAUUUUAUGUGGCAGACAUAUCAUGGAAAUGAUAUGGUAUGUCCUUUUUGACGCAUUUGCAUAAUCACAUGGGAGCAAAUGCCCUCAUUAAUUAAGUGAUACUAAAGCAAAUAAAAAAAAUUGGUCGCAACCUUUUUGCUUGCUAAUUCGGAAUUCAGAUUCUGAAGACGCUCUAGAAUUCUUAAAUUCCACAAACAAAGCCUGGAAUCAGCUCAACAUUGGAGAUGGGCUUACGUGCCUACACACUGGAUUUGGAGGAAUUAGCAGUUUGGAAAUUUUCCCAUGACUUCUUAUUUUCCUUAUUUUUGUGUAUAUGUCUGGUUGGACAAUGCAAAGCUGGGCUACACUUUGGGUGUAGUUCUACUCUACCCCUAUCUAUGAGGGGGAUUGGAUCCUAGGUCUGUGGUAGGACUAUCCCUUUAAACUUUAUGCACUGAGAUCAAUACCUAGACCGUUUUAGGUAUGGAAGGAGGCUUGUAUUCAUAAGUCAUAAUGUGUAUUUGCUCCAUGUAGGCCUUUAUCAUUCGAACUUUCCGAACUUAUUUGGCUGAGUCUCUAUGGGGAGGUUAUCACCAUUUGCAUAGAGAGAUUGCUUGGUUAGCUGUUUUUUGGUGGACCUAUGAAGUUUUAUUAGGGGUUGCCUCCUCAACUAUCUAGCUGAAUUUUGCUUGUAGAAAAGGAAAUAUUGCAACUGUGGACAGCAGAUUUGUUGUUUUGUAUUCCUAGUUAUCUGUCUCAUUUGAAUUUUUACUAGUUAGGCCAGGAGGUUCAUUAUGAUGCCAGUAUGCUGUUUGGUUUUUUUCAGCCUUUUGGUCUUUCAAGCUAUAACUUAACUUUUUAGUUGUGCAUAUAAUGGGAUAAUCAGAAUUCAAUUGCUGUACUGUACUAGUUGCAGUUCUUUCUGCAAAAUGAUCAACUGUCUUGCAUGGAUUUUUUUUUUGGUUGUUUUUUGGGUUGGGGGAGGGGGAGGGGGCCAACUGUCUUGC